GCGGCGGGAGUGAUUUAACAUGGCGGAGGAGGCCGCCUCGGCCGCCCGCAGUCCGCGGGGGUGUGCGGACGGGGAGGAUGCGCAACCCCUGGAAGAGCGGCUGGGGGACGCGGCGGGAGACGACCAGGAACAGUUCGAGUGCCAGGAACUGCUGGAAUGCCAGAUGCAGAUGGGGGCGCCCGCGGAAGAAGAGGACGGGGGCCUGGUGGCCGAAGCCGAGGCUGUGGCUACCGGCUGGAUGCUGGAUUUCCUCUGCCUCUCUCUCUGCCGGGCCUUCCGCGACGGCCGCUCGGAGGACUUUGAGCGCACCCGCGACAGCGCGGAGGCUAUUAUUCAUGGAUUGUCCAGUUUAACAGCUUAUCAAUUGAGAACUAUCUACAUAUGUCAGUUUUUGACAAGAAUUGCAGCAGGAAAAACACUUGAUGCACAGUUUGAAAGUGAUGAGCGAAUUACACCCUUAGAAUCAGCCCUGAUGGUUUGGGCUUCAAUCGAAGAGGAGCAUGACAUGUUUUAUGAAGAAAUACAAAAUUUAAUUAAAAUUCAGGCAAUAGCUGUUUGCAUGGAAAAUGGCAGUUUUAAAGAAGCACAAGAAGUCUUUGAAAGAAUAUUUGGUGACUCAAAUAACCACACGCCUAUAAAAAGGAAAUUGCUUACAAUAAUCUCUCAGAAGGAUACAUUCCAUUCUAUCUUUCAACAUUUCAGCUACAACCAAAUGAUGGAGAAAAUUAAGAGUUAUGUGAAUUAUGUGCUAAGUGAAAAAUCAUCAACUUUUUUAAUGAAGGCAGCAGCAAAAGUAGUGGAAAGUAAAAGAGCAAGAAUGACAGCUUCUCAAGAUAAACCUAAUGAUGAUGAUACUCAAAUGGAAACCAGAGUUACUUUGGACAUGCAAAAAAGUAUUAAACAGUCUGCGGUAACAGAAUCAUCAGGGGUAUCCUUAUCAAGGUCUUACAAGACUUGCAAGAACCUCUUCUUACCUAAGUUGAAAAAUGGAAACCGACAAAACAAUUUUAAUAAGAAGGAAGAAAGAAUGGAAACUGUUCAAAGUGAAAGAAAGAAGAAAGAAAGCCAUAGACAAGCCACUGAAAGCAAGAAAAUGCGUGAUUUACACAGUCAGUCAUUAACUCCUGAAAAACACCGUUCUAGAAGAAAGCAGGCAUGGCUUUGGGAAGAAGACAUGAAUCUAAGAUCUGGUGUGAGGAAAUAUGGAGAGGGCAGCUGGUCUAAAAUACUGUUACAUUAUAAAUUCAACAACCGAACGAGUGUCAUGUUGAAAGACAGAUGGAGGACUAUGAAGAAGCUAAAACUGGUUUGCUCAGAUAAUGAAGACUGAAUGUUUGUAAAAACUUAAUAAAAGGACAGUUAAAUAUUUUGAUCACUGCAUUUUUGUUUGAAAUCUUGUGGUCAUUAAUGUUAUAAUUUUUGUUCAAAGCAUUAUAGUAUUUUUCUGUGACACUAUCUUUUAAUUAGUAUGAGGAUUUGCAGUAUAAGAUUAUCUGUCAUCAUUGUAUUCUUUAAGAAUCUUUUUUACUUUGAUAAAAUGUAAAUUUUUUGAAACCUAGUGAUUUCAGUACCCCUACCCUCAAAUCCUGUUCCAAUUAAAAAAUAUUAACCUGGUAAGAGGAAAAAAUUAAUUUCUGCUAACGUAUCCUAUAUAUGUAGGCUUACAUCAACUCAGAUAUAUGUGAAGUUUCUAAAUUGGUAAUAAUUGGCCUUUGACCUGAGAGGUAAUGACUUGAUUUAUGACCUUAAUCUAUCACUAAGUCAUUUGUAAAUAGAAUGAUAAAUGUACAAAGUAUGUGUGAGUUAAAACAUACUUAAAUAUUCUCCUUAAAUAGUUUCAAAUAAGGGGGACAAUCUUGAAAAUAGUUAACACCAAUUAGACAAAAUUUGCUCUAUUACCAGAAAUGGUUUCGUGUCUCUUUUAAAUACAUUCAACUUUAGUUCUAGAGUUAAACCCUUGACAAAGAUAGUUUAAAAUAAAGAGGCUUUAUAACUUAGUGCUGUAAAUAAUCAGUUUCUCUGCUAUUUUUAUUUAGUAUACCAGUAUUGGGCCUAAAUGGUGUUUUGUAAAUGCUUGUAUCGGUAUUAACCAUAGUUAUUGUGUGUCUAGAACAAAUAAUAAACAAGGUUCUAAAUAGACAAUUUUGACUUUUCACCAGUGUUUUGUUCUUUAGAGAAUUUGGUCAAAGACUGGUAGAAUUAUUUGGCAUUUUAAGUUACAUAGCUCUAUUUAAUUUAAUGGAAAUUCUGAAGUAUUAAAGUAUUUGCACAAAAAGUUAAAUGGUGGUAUUUUGUCAUCUGUAUUUUAAUAUACUAUUAAAGUUUUGUACAUUGCUUUCCCAUUG